AUGUUUGAUGUGGGCAGUAUUCCGAAUUGCAAAUAUUUGAGGUCCCACAAGAUGGCCAAGGUCAACAUCCCCAGACGGCUUGGGAAGGUGCUUUGGUCUGCUGUCAUUUCCAUCUGCGUCAGUCUGCAGACAACAGCAGAACAGUUGCAAGAUGCUUAUUUCUUGCCCGAAUUUGUACUUUCUCCACAAGGAAGUUUUUUAGAAGACACCACAGGAGAGCAGUUCCUUACUUACCACUUUGAUGAUCAGACUUCAAGAAUCACCCAGCCAAGUGAAGAUAAAGAAGGUGGUUGGGAUGCCUGGGGAGCAUGGAGUGAUUGCUCACGGACCUGUGGAGGAGGUGCCUCCUAUUCACUACGGAGAUGUUUAAAUGGCAGAAACUGUGAAGGCAGAAAUAUCCGCUAUAAAACCUGCAGCAAUCAUUGGCAGGCUGUGGGCUGUGAUCGACAGCUUGGGAGUCACGCCAAAGAAGAUAACUGUGGCAUCUGCUCAGGUGACGGUUCCACCUGCCGGCUGGUGAGAGGGCAGACUAAGACACACCUUUCCUCAGAAAAAAGGGAGGAAACCAUGAUUGCUGUUCCACAUGGAAGUCGCAGUGCAAGAAUUACUAUAAAAGGACCAGCACAACUCGUGAUUGAAUCAAAGACACUGCAGGGAGAUACCGGAGAACACGGUUUUAAUGCCCCUGGAAUGUACAUCAUUGAAAACACAACGGUUGAAUUUCAGAAGGGCCCAGAGAGAGAAACAAUAAAAAUCCCAGGGCCUCUUGGAGCAGAUUUCAUUAUCAAGGCCAGAUAUACUGCUGCCAAAGAUAGCCUGGUUCAGUUCUUCUUCUAUCAACCCAUAAGUCACCAGUGGAGACAGACCGAAUUCUUCCCUUGCACAGUGACCUGCGGAGGAGGUUAUCAGCUGAACUCGGUAGAAUGUGUGGAUAUCCGUUCCAAGCGGGUGGUGCCAGAUCAGUAUUGCCAUUAUUAUCCUGAAAACAAGAAACCCAAACCAAAGCUGAAAGAAUGUAACAUGGAUCCCUGCCCUUCAAGUGAUGGAUUUAAGGAAAUCAUGCCCUAUGAUCAUUUCCAGCCACUUCCCCGCUGGGAGCACAAUCCUUGGACCACUUGCUCAGUUUCAUGUGGAGGAGGAAUUCAGAGGAGAAGCUUUGUCUGUGUAGAAGAGACCAUGCAUGGGGAGAUAUUGCAAGUAGACGAAUGGAAAUGUAUGUAUGCUCCUAAACCCAGGGUCAUGCAGGCUUGCAACCUAUACGAUUGCCCCAAGUGGAUAGCUCUGGAGUGGUCACAGUGCACCGUGACCUGUGGCCAAGGAUUACGCUACCGAGUGGUUCUGUGUAUUGAUCACGGCGGACAGCAUACUGGUGGUUGUAAUCCUCAGUUAAAACUCCACAUAAAAGAAGAGUGUCUAGUGCCAGUCCCUUGUCAUAAACCCAAAGAGAAAAGCCCCAUUGAAGCCAGAUUGCCUUGGUUCAAGCAAGCCCAUGAAAUGGAAGAGACUAGAAUUGUGUCUGAAGAACCCAUGUUUGUCCCCGAGCCUUGGUCCCCUUGCAGUGCCUCUUGCGGCCAUGGUACUCAGAUGCGUGAUGUCAAGUGCCACAUUUAUCUUGCGUUUACUCAGGCUGAGGUGGAGCUGCCUGACGAGGAAUGUGAAGGACCCAAACCAUUGACCGAGCGGAGUUGCCAGCUGGAGCCGUGUGAUGCGGAUCCUGUCCCAUACACCCUGCCUUUCGUACCCUCCGAAGAGGCCGGUAAAGUUUUUUAUGACUGGGAAUACAUCGGCUUUACUCCCUGCUCAGCUACAUGUAACGGAGGGACUCAAGACGCCAUUGCUGUCUGCUUACACGAAGAGACAAAACAAGCCGUCAAUGAUAGCCUGUGUGACAGUUCAAAGAGACCUCCACCAAUGAGCCUGGCGUGCAAUGCAAGGCUUUGCCCCCCAAGAUGGCAAGUAGGACCUUGGACACAAUGUACUGCCACUUGUGGCGUUGGAAUCCAGACCAGACAGGUGCAUUGCCAGCAAUCUGGAGGUUCUGUGGUUGGAUCUGAAAGCUGCAAAGACCUGAAGCCUCAUUCCUUACAAGCAUGCAACCAGCUUGACUGUCCCCCACUUUGGCAUGUUGAAGAAUGGCAACAGUGCUCCCACACUUGUGGUGGUGGCACCCAGAAUCGCAAGGUGACCUGCCAGCAGCUGUUGAUGGAUGGAAGCUUUCUGAAACUCGGUCAUGAGAAGUGCCCUCAACCUAGAUUGGACAGUUCCAGAUCCUGUGCAAAAAUAGACUGCCCUCCUCAGUUGGUGGUGGGACCGUGGUCUAGGUGCUCUGUAAGCUGUGGGGUUGGCACACAACGAAGGAAAGCCACCUGCCAAAAGCUCACGGCCAGAGGCCAACAUCUGGCAUUAAAUGGAUCCCUGUGUAGCAGCUUUCCAGCAUCCCAGCUUGUCAGGCCUUGCCACAGGAAUGCCUGCCGAAAUCUAAAAGAAGAAAAGAAAUCCAGACUUUUUGACAAGCCACAGAUACUGGGUAUCCAUAAAGUCUAUAUUCAGACGAGACAAGAGAAACGCAUUAAUUUCACUGUGGGGAGCAGAGCUUAUUUACUUCCCAAAACAUCUGUCAUCGUCAGGUGUCCUGUUCGGAGAUUCCAGAAGACGCUUAUUCGGUGGGAGAAAGAUGGGCAGCCUCUCCAGAUUUCUAAACAUCUUGGUGUCACCAAAUCAGGAUCUCUCAAGAUCAAUAAUCUUGACGCUUCAGACACUGGAGUGUAUAAGUGCGUUGCAGGGUCUGCCCAGGAGAUCUUUGUUCUUAAGCUCCUUGGCACAAGCAACAGGCUACUGGAAUCUGCCCCCACCCAAAAAGACGCAAAAUGGCACCAAAUAAAUCAGAUCUGGCAGUUGUGGAGCCAGAAAAGUCAACGCUAUCUGCGUGAUGAACAAGUGAACGACCAGCCUGCUUCAGAACAUCUUAAAACUCAGAGGAGAAAUUCAGAAGGAGGACACCACGCUCACGGAUUCACAGCCGAGCAACUCAAAACGGUGGCUUCGCCUAAUGCUUACAGUAUGGAUACAGACCACUUUGAUGAGCUGGUAAAAAAUCUGAGCCAUCUCAUUGAAGCUGGAGAAAUUAGCAAUGAUUUGGCUUCCCAGUUUGUCUAUCAGUUGAUUGCUGAGUUAGUGAAGCCAUCGCAGUCUGCUCCCGGCAAAGGAAAAGAGUCUGCAAAUGAGAAACUUGACAAAUCACAAAGAGCGAGGGAUAAUCUCAGCACAAAAACUGUAGGCGCCCCAGUAGUGAGAAACUCAAAAGGACCCAUGAUGGUCAAGCCACAGGAGGUUUAUUCCAACGAAACUUGUUGUGGAAAGAGAACGGUCCGUUUGUUAAUGGUUGUUCGGGCAGUUUGUGGAGAACAGUUCAAAGUGACUUUUGAAGCCAACAGCAAAGUCCAGAUUGUGAACCCUACUGAGAAAGAAAUGGGGGUGUAUCGCUGCACAGUGGACAAUGAACGUUUUCAAGACAUGGCGCUGUUUUACGCAGAAGCCCCUACUAUAUUGUCUUCUGAGAAAAAUAUUGCCAGUUUUGAGCUUCAGAAUCUGUCUGUCUCGGUUGGAGGCACAAUCCUAGCAAGAACAGGGGCGAAUAUUCUGCUGGAAUGUCCAGUCAAAGGUUGUCCUGUCUAUCCUAGCGCAAAUAACACAAUCCGCUGGUUUGUCAGAAACCAAUCCAUAGAAGGGGCGUCAGACUUCAAGCACAAGACCCUGGUUGGGGGACGCAUCCUUGAAUUCAUCGUUGCCUCUGACCAGCUUGCUGGACAAUACAAGUGCUGGGCUUCAUCCCUUGUCAAGCCAUUGUCUGUCUGGGAUCAAAAUGUGAAUACGUCACUAUGCAAGGACCAUCAAAAGCCAGUCAUGAACAACCCGCGCUCCUGCAAAAUUCAAGAUUGUCCUGCAAGUUGGGCAACAACAGCUUGGUCUGAAUGCUCUACUUCCUGCGGCCAUGGAUUUCACCGCCGGCGAAUAGCCUGCAAGCAAGUCAAAGCCAACCGCCGUGUCCUAACAUUGCCUCCGGAUGCUUGUGCAGACCAAGAGCGUCCUUUGGAAAUGAAACCUUGUGUGGGCCACUUUUGUGCCGAAUGGAUUGUUCAUCCCUGGGGCCAAUGCACUGGACGUUGCAUAAAUCUCGGAGUGGGCUUACAACACCGUCGCAUUCAGUGUCAGCAUCAGAAUGGAUCAGCAGUACUGAAUUCACUCUGUGACAGUACGAAGAGGCCUUCCAUGAGAAGGAACUGUUCUUCAGAAAGUUGUGAUGUGUAUUGGCGAACAGGUCCCUGGCGUCCGUGCCCUGUAGACUGCGGAAGUGGCUUCCAGUCACGACAGGUCAGCUGUGCACACAGGAAAAAGAAGAGAUUGGUGGCAGAUCAGUUCUGUGCAUGGAAGAAGAGACCCACUACCUGGAAACACUGCAACGUCACUUCUUGUGACAGUAUGUAAAAGUACUGUACAUCCAUUUCUCACCUUGCCA